ACUAUUGGGGUUCCAGGGAGCCGAGUCCGUUCCGCUCAGAGGCGCUGGGGGCGGGCUGCGGCCAGGCUGGGGGUGGAGCCGAGGCGGGGUGGGGAUACUCCCACCCUGUUCCCGUUCUCUCCGCGACAGAGGCUGUGGCGGCGCAUACCCGAGACUGGCGCGCGACAUGGGGCGGCCCCGAGGCGCCGGCCCGCUGCUCCAGCCGCUUCUCUUGCUGCUGCUCGCGCCGCCGAGCUCAGGCGCCGGGCAGGACCAGCCACCGCACUUGGUCCUCGUGCUGGCUGACGACUUGGGCUGGAACGACGUGGGCUUCCAUGGGUCGCGCCUCCGCACGCCGCACCUAGAUGCGCUGGCGGCCGGCGGGGUGCGGCUGGACAAUUACUACACGCAGCCGCUCUGCACGCCGUCGCGGAGCCAGCUGCUCACCGGCCGCUACCAGAUCCACACAGGUUUACAGCAUCAGAUAAUCUGGCCCUGUCAGCCCAGCUGUGUUCCUCUGGAUGAAAAGCUCCUGCCCCAGCUCCUCAAGGAAGCAGGCUAUGCUACCCACAUGGUUGGAAAGUGGCACCUGGGAAUGUAUCGGAAAGAAUGCCUUCCCACCCGACGGGGAUUUGACACCUACUUUGGAUAUCUCCUAGGUAGUGAAGAUUACUUCUCCCAUGAGCACUGUGUGUUCAUUAAGGCUUUGAACGUCACACGAUGUGCUCUUGAUUUUCGAGAUGGUGAAGAAGUUGCAACAGAAUAUAAAAACAUGUAUUCAGCAAACAUAUUCGCCAACAGGGCUAUAUCCCUCAUAGCUAACCAUCCUCCAGAGAAGCCUUUGUUUCUCUACCUGGCUCUCCAGUCUGUCCACGAGCCCCUUCAGGUCCCGGAGGAAUACUUGAAACCCUAUGACUUCAUUCGUGAUAAGAACAGGCGUCUUUAUGCAGGGAUGGUGUCCCUCAUGGAUGAAGCAGUAGGAAAUGUCACUGCAGCCUUAGAAAGUCACGGGCUGUGGAACAACACGGUGUUCAUUUUCUCCACAGACAAUGGAGGGCAGACCCUAGCUGGAGGUAACAACUGGCCCCUUCGAGGAAGAAAGUGGACCCUUUGGGAAGGCGGCAUCCGAGGCGUAGGCUUUGUUGCAAGCCCCUUGCUGAAGCAGAAGGGUGUAAGAACCCGUGAGCUCAUCCACAUCUCCGACUGGCUGCCCACAUUGGUGAAGCUGGCUGGUGGCAGCACCCAAGGUACCAAGGCCCUGGACGGCUUCAACGUAUGGGAAACCAUCAGUGAAGGAAGCCCGUCGCCCAGAGUGGAGCUACUGCAUAACAUCGACCCGUACUUUGUGGACCCCUCACCAUGUCCCAACAAUGGCACAGCUCCAGCAAAAGAUGAUUAUUCUCUUCUAGAAUAUUCAACCUUUAACACAUCUGUCCAUGCUGCAAUCAGACACAGAAACUGGAAACUCCUGACCGGGUUCCCAGGUUGUGGAUCCUGGUUCCCCCCACCCUCUGAACACAGUGUUUCUGAGUUGCAUUCAUCGGACCACCCCACCAAGUCCCUGUGGCUCUUUGAUAUUGACCAGGACCCAGAAGAAAGGCACGACCUGUCGGGAGAACACCCUCACCUUGUCAGGCAGCUACUCCGCAGGCUGCAGUUCUACCAGAAGCACUCCGUGCCCGUGCACUAUCCGGCCCAGGACCCACGCUGCGACCCCAAGGCCACUGGUGCCUGGGGCCCCUGGAUGUAGGAUUUCAGGGAGGCAGGAAUGUCUUCGUGUUGCACGCUAGCCUUCAGGCUUUGACUACCGUGUCAUUUGUUCUCUCCCUAUCCCACCCCGGCCCACUUGGCUCUUUUCUUGCACCCAUAAUACACAAGGGAGUCCACUUUCAACCCCUGAUGCGGCUCAGACCUUGACAGUGUAGAGGUCUUGUGCUGCUGGCCCAAGCUAUGGCAAGUGGGUGGCUGGCUCAGCCCCUCUUCCCAGCUAUGGGGCAGCCGGGGACUUGAUGCUGGACUUCUCAUUCAGUCUCAGAGGCUAGAGCAGCUAGCUAUUUUUGCCUCACAAGUCAGACAUUAGAGUUCCUGCUGCCAACAGUGGGUUUCAUUGGAGUGACUCACAUUUCUUGCAAUAAGUGAAGGGAACAGGCAGACAGUUGCUGGGUUCUGUUGGCCAGGGGCUCCCCCAUCCACAGGUGGUGAUGACCUCCUCAGCUCACGGCUCACCCACACAUCUCAUCAUGGAGUGGAAGGCCCGUUUCUCAAAGGCCAGCAAUGCAGUGUGCCAACAUCUUAGUUUGGGUGCUUAAAAUAAAGAAAUGUGUUUUUAUCCUAAAAUUUCCCCCCAGCCAUUGCUCAUUCUGUCUAGACUUGCUGCCACCCCCAGCUCCUCUCUGGCUCUCAUUUUGCCUUUCCUCUUGACUUCAGUGUCUGGUGCCUGGGAACCUGCCUCACUGCUCCACUCUUAGCUGAGCCCUGACUUCCCUUAGCUCCUAAUGUUGAAGCCACAGUCCUCUCCAGAGAAUGUGGCCGGGGUCAUGCUGUGAUCAUGGCCCUGGAGGACCCAGGGGGACUGGGGGUUCAGGGGGCCUAUGUGUCUGAGGCUUCAACAUCAAUUUCCUAAAUUGCAUGAAAGCUCUCCAUCAUGUCUGUGGCUCUUUCUCCUUACUCAAGACCAGGUACGCUUCUGUUCCUAGUGUUGAAGGGAAACCCCAGGGAAGGGUCAUUACGUUCUGAAAUGGGUACUUGGCCUGAGUUGAGCAGAGGUUUGCCUCUGUGUUUCAUUCUCUGCCUGCUUGAAUUGGAGACCUGCAGUUAAAGAAAGCAGGUGUACAGUUUGACCUGCAGCCCUUUCUCAGACUCAACAACAUCCUGCUAAGGUGGGGCAUUCAGAUCAGCUACAAAGUAUCACGGGGCAGAUGCUAUGCUUUCUCCACUAUCUCCGCUGCUCAGUUCACUGCUUAUCCCCAGUGCCUGGGACAGCACAUAGGACAAAGAAGACAGCACAUGUUUUAAAAUGAAUGAGCAAAUGAGAAAAGGAAAAAGCCUCAUACCUUGAGAGGUGCUCACCCAGUGCGCUGAACACAGGGGUAACAUCAGUAUCUUUCAACCACUGCUGUCCUCUUUGCUGUUGCAUAACGAGGCAGUCGUAGGGUAUACAAAAGCAUGGCUGUGGUGUCCUCUCCAGGGGACAGAAAGGAACUGGCCCUGUUGAGACUAUCUCUUGCCAACAAUCCUCAUUUCCAUUCUUCAGAGGACCUUAGAAACUAAAACCAUAAAAUAAUGUGAUUUAGGUCUUGAUUGUGUAGCCAUCUUUUGAUUCAGUAGCAGUGUUUCCAGGUCACAAUUUCCUUGUAUUGUAUUGAAACAAGAUUAUUGGGAGGAAAUGGUGCUAAAACUGGUAACAUCUGUUUCCAGCCUUAGCCCAGUUGCCGAGUCAGCAAACAGCUGGGCAAAUGCCAUCUCGCACUCCAAAGCUUGGGGCAGAUAGUAAGGACUGAGCCUGGUUGUCCUGUUUUCUUUCCACUUGUGUUCCCAUUAUUAAUGUUCUAAGAUUGGAGGUCACCACUACAGGACACCUGUUGGUGCUCCCUGCUGUGGUGACCCUCAACAGCUGUCGCCAGUUCCUUGGUUGUCCUUGACUGUCGUGUAAGCUAUGUUCCACAUUCAGUGGAUUUAAAGAAUUCUAGGGCUGGGGAUUUAGCUCAGCGGCAUAAGUGCCUGCCUUGCAAGCAGGUAGUCAUGAGUUCAAUCCCCGGCACUGAUAAAAAAGAAAAAGACAAAAAAAUAAAAUAAAAUAAAAAAUUAAAGAAAAAGAAUUCUAGUGAUUUUGUUUUUAGAAAAGCAUAUUGAGGUUGUAUUUUAUCUAUAGUAGAAUAGAACUCAUUAGAUUUUCUUAUUCACGUAAGAUGAGAAGAUUCACAUUGUCAUUAGAAGUAUUAACGUUAUUCCUUUCCAAACUUGUUUACCUUUAAAUAAAGUUUUAUUUAAUUAUUAACUAGUUUAUCUCUGUUACUACAUGACUGUUCUAGAUUAGAGGGACAAAAUAAAGUUAAUAUUUUCAAAACGAUAUCAGCCAUAGAUUUGGGCCUUCCACUGGGACAAUGACAAAAUUCUGGAGCUAACGAGAGCUGCACAACACUGUGAAUGCACUUCAUGUCACUGUCUUGUACAUUUAACAAUGGUGAAAAUGGGACUUUUUAUUGUAAUUUUUAAAUUUGCCAGUGUUACAGUUUAUGACAUCAAUAAAUCUUAAAAUAUAGCAAUAUCAGCUAAAAUAAUGUGUUUAUAAUGUGCAUUAUAAAAUAAGGUAUUUGCGGGAGGUCAAGAAAAGGUAGGAGAGAAAACAAAUUGUGUUUUCUUUUGCUGCCCAUAAUAAACUUAUCUCCAAAUCUA